AUAUUUUUUUCAUCUCAAUUCAUUUAAUUGUUAAUGUUCUUUUGUCGAUAUUUAUUGUUAAAUGUAGUUUCAGUUAUAGAUGAUUUAUUUUAAAAAAGUUACUAUGUCAUUUCGGUAAUUUGUAUAAUCCAGAUGGCAUCACAGUGUUUUAGUCAGUUGUCGAUAGUUGGAAGGAAGUUUCAUCCAACAGAUUUUGUAUAUGGUGUUUUGGGUAGUGAUUUUAUAUUAUAUUAUUAAGUUUUAUUUUUAAAAUAACUGUCUUCCAUAUUAUUAUUUUUAAGAUUACUAUGUCUCAUUUUAAUUUUAGUUGCACUAUAUUCCUAAAUACUCAUACAAAAUCUGUAAAAUAGAAAUUUCAAGCACGUAUAUUAGAUUUGUAUAUCAAUAAUAUUCAAUUAAAAUAAUAAAUGUGUGCACAUAUCAUCUUUAGUUUAUGUUCUGAUAUACUGUUAUUUAUUAUUUUUAAAAAUAAUAAUAAUUGUUAACAAAUAAUUUAAUUGUAAUUAAUUUUUACCCCCACUAUAAAUUUGGUCCAGCUUUGUAUGUCUCUUCCAUAUGAUUCACCAACCCCAAAACUCAAAACGCAAAAUUUAAAACACCUCUAACAUGAAGACAACAAAGGUGCUAAAACGCAUGUUUAGAUUCUUCAUCUUCUUACUGUUCUCCUUUGUCACAAAAAACAUGGCAUAUCUACUCUCUACAAACUCUCGUUGGAUCAUCGACGAAAAAGGAGAAAGAACGAAGCUGGCGUGUGUGAACUGGCCAGCGCAUUUACAGCCUGCAGUGGCGGAAGGGCUUAGUAAGCAGCCGGUUGAUGCCGUGGCCCAAAAGAUAGUGGCAAUGGGUUUCAAUUGUGUUAGGUUAACUUGGCCACUUGAUUUGGCUACAAAUGUGACAUUGGCUACUAGUGUUACUGUGAGGGAUUCUUUUCAAAGUCUUGGUCUUAACACUGACAUUUCUGGUAUCGAAACUAAGAACCCUUCCAUGAUUGAUCUUCCACUCAUUGAAGCUUACCAGAGUGUGGUGACGACGUUGGGAAACUACAACGUGAUGGUGAUAUUAGACAACCACUUGACCAAACCAGGGUGGUGCUGCGGCAACGACGACGGCAACGGUUUCUUUGGAGACAUAUUCUUUGACCCUGCCACAUGGAUCUCCGGUCUGACCUACAUGGCCACUUCCUUCAAAGAUACAUCCAAUGUCGUUGGUAUGAGCCUCAGAAACGAACUUAGAGGACCUAAACAAAACGUCGACGAUUGGUUCAAGUACAUGCUACAAGGAGCCGAAGCAGUUCACGAAGCAAAUCCUUACGCACUUGUAAUCCUUUCUGGCUUCAGCUACGACACAGACCUCUCUUUUGUCCGAUCACGACCCGUAAACCUUACUUUCUCCGGUAAACUCGUCUUUGAGCUCCAUCGAUACUCUUUCACCAACGUUGAUAUAUGGAGUUCUAAAAACCCUAACGACGCAUGCGGCGAGAUUCUAAAAAUCAUCGACGACGGAGGCGGUUUCCUCCUCCGGGACUUCCCGGUGUUUCUUAGUGAGUUUGGAAUCGAUUUGAGAGGCGGAAACAUUAACGAUGAUCGGUAUAUCGGAUGUAUAUUAGGUUGGGCGGCGGAAAAUGACAUUGAUUGGUCGAUUUGGGCACUUCAAGGAAGUUAUUAUUUAAGAGAAGGUGUGGUAGGAAUGACUGAGUACUACGGUGUCUUGAAUUCAGAUUGGAUAAGUGUUCGAAACAACAGUUUCAUGCAAAGAUUGUCUCUGAUUCAAUCCACGCUUCAAGGACCGGAUCCUCAACCCGAAGUUAGCAAUCUUAUUUUCCACCCGUUAACCGGACUUUGCAUGCUACAAUCUUCCUUAGAUCCAACCAAGGUCAAUCUCGGUCGAUGCAAUCAAUCUCAACCAUGGGACUACACUACUGACAACACUUUGAAACUUAAAAACAUACCUCUCUGCUUGGCGAACACCGGACCGAACGCACCGGUUAAGCUCAGUGAGGCGAGUUGCUCGACCCCUAGUUUGUCGCAAUGGCAACCCAUCUCAGCCUCGAAUAUGCUCUUAGCUGCAAAGUCAACCAAUAACUCGCUUUGUCUUGACGUAGAUGGAGACAAUAACGUCGUGGCUACCAACUGCAAGUGUGUGAACGGCGAAGACAGCUCGUGUGACCCGAUGAGCCAGUGGUUCAAGAUCGUUAAAGUCAAUAAAGCAAAUGAGGAUAUAUAACUGAUCAUUAACAAUUGAUCAAGUAACUCAUGAAGUUUGUUUACAUGUUAUUUUCUGUUGAAGUUUCUAAUAAAGACUAUUUCGUUGUAAUGCGUGAUUAUUGUUUCUUUUACCAAUUUGAUCAACAUGAUAACAUUUGAAUA